AUGAUUGUCAUUCGUAGUCUUUUGGACGUAGAAUCGUAUGCGAUCAUGUUACCCAUUAAUUCACCCAGUCGUCAUAAGUCAUCCAAAUCUAAUGAGUUUUGUCUUGAUUCAGAACAUCGUACAGUACAUUUUAAUCAAAUGGUUAAUGAAGACCAUUCAUCUAGUAGUAAUUUAUCAACCACAAUUUCUUCAAAUCCUCAUCCAUUGCAUGUUGCAAGAAAAGUUAGCUUUUCUGAUCUACCUUUAGUGAUUAAUGUCGAAGAGCGUCAACUAGAUGGCUUACAUCAAUCUUGUAUCACUACUGAGGACGAAGUUAUCUACGGUGAUGAUGAUUCCGGUCAUCAUAUUGAAGUCCGUCUAUUGAAUCGAGAUAUCGAUGAAAUGCCGACCUUGCCAUCAGAAUUGAAAAAUAAACCUGUAUUUGAAAUAAAACUUGGAAUGCUUAAACAAGCUACAGUUUAUCGGACAGAAUUUACAAUACCGGAUAAUUUGAAGUCAGGUGAAUUGGAAAUUCUACGAACUGUUGCAGAAAUGGAUGGUCAUGUUGGUGUACCAGUUAAUGUCGGUGCUUCAUUUAAUUUACUAAGCUGUGAACCUAUCCCUUCACCUGGUCACGGUCAUAUAAUAAUUAUGGAGAUUUCAACUACAAAACAAUCACGUGUCAAUGAGUUAAUCACAUUACGUCGAGUCGAAACUAUAACAGAUGCUGUUUGUCUACUUUUGCAUGGUAUUUCUUUAGAAUCGAAAUCAAGACCUUCUUAUUUAAAGGCAAACACACUACCUAUUCAUUUCAAUGCACCGACAUCCAGUGGUUCGAAUUUUCAACCACAGUCAAUGUUUUAAAAGCAAUAACAAUAAUAAUAACAACAGCAAGAAGUAUGAUAAUACCCGAAAAACGAAUGUCAACAAUUACAUCAUGAAACACACGUACUGUCAUUUACAUCACAAGCUUAUUUCACAAUGACUGACUAGAAGAUUAAUUGCUGUUAUUGUUUGUUUAUUCGUGAUAUAAAUGACAAUAAUGACUUUGGUGUUGUACUAUUGUUAAUUAUUUAUGAUUUAUUUAUCA